UAACGUUAGCUAAUAAUGGCUACGAUUACGAUCUACCUAAUGUACCCGAUAGUAAUUACGAACACGGCAAAGACGACGUAAAUUACGAUUACGACAAGAAAAAAGAGGAGAACGACGACAAAGGCUACGACGUAAAUUACGAUUACAAGAAGAAAAAAGAGGAGUGCGACGACUACUGUAAUAAUGAUCACGACAACUAUUACAAAGCAAAGAAGAGGUACUACAGAAGAUCACCCGAUUACGAUUACAACAAGAAAAAGCAGGAAUGCGACGACUACUGCAAUAAGGAUUACGACGAUAAUCACAAAGAAACUUAUUAA